AUGCAGCUUCUUGUGUUACUAGUUGUGGCUGUGCUUGGUGCCCACGGAAGUGCCUUGAAAUCCUACUUAGUGGAUGCUUCGUGGGAAGACGUCAUAUCUGCAGGUGGCAUGCACAUCGGACACGGGAGAGCAAAGCGGUUCGUUGGGCUAAACACUACUCAGCCUAAUAUCCCAUAUCAGCCAUGUUACCUACCGAAUGGCAGCAAAGGCCGUUGCAGACACCUUCAUCACUGCGUCUUGGAAGACUUCAAAAGCGACUUUAUGAAGUAUAUGGACUACAUUUGCAUAAUAAAACGAUCUUCUCUGGGAGCUUGCUGUCCGGAUGAAUUCAACUCGGGACCAGAGGCUUUAGCUGGAGAUCUACCCGCUACUGCACCCCGAGACGAAUUGCAAGUGUUAACCAAAAUUGUGCGCGCUGAGAACAGAGGAUGCGGACUGAGUACACGAACAAUGAGCCGCGUGGUGGGCGCACGGCCAGGUAACCCUCGCGACUGGCCCUGGAUGGCAUCUGUCACGCCCGAGGGCUUUGAGCAGUACUGCGGCGGAGUUCUCAUAACUGACAGACAUGUACUGACUGCUGCACACUGCACGAGGAGAUGGAAAGCGAACGAACUUUUCGUCCGUCUCGGCGAAUAUGACUUGAAGCGCACAAACGACUCCCGAACGUAUAACUUCAAGGUGGUGGAGAUCAGGCAGCACACGGGGUUCGAUAUAUCCAACUACCGUCACGACAUCGCCAUAUUGAAGCUGCACCGCCCGGCAGUCUUCAAUACCUAUGUGUGGCCGAUCUGUCUGCCCCCAGCAGGGCUAAAUCUCGUUGAUGAGAUUGCUGUUGUUAUAGGUUGGGGAACAAAGUUCUAUGGUGGACCACACAGUGAUGUGCUGAUGGAGGUUUCGGUGCCGGUGUGGGAGCACCAGAGAUGCGCCGAUUCGUUUACGGCCACUAUUUUUGAAGAGAACCUUUGUGCCGGCGGACCCGAGGGUGGCAGGGACUCUUGUCAAGGAGAUAGUGGCGGUCCGCUAAUGUAUCAGAUGUCAAGCGGCCGCUGGGCGGUUAUUGGCGUGGUGUCUUGGGGCGUACGUUGCGGUGAACCCCAACAUCCUGGGCUUUACACACGGGUCGACAAAUACCUCUCCUGGAUAGUACAGAACACUGUGUUUUAA